GGUCAUUCAGGACUGAAGGCAUCAAGGCGUCUGAUGUUCUUCCUGUGUUAAAGGAGAAAGUUGCCUUUGUGUCAGGUGGGCGAGAUAAAAGAGGAGGACCAAUCCUGACAUUUCCUGCCAGGAGUAACCACGACCGAAUAAAACAGGAAGACCUGAGGAGGCUGGUAACCUACCUGUCUACUGUUCCCAGCGAGGAUGUGUGCAAACGGGGUUUUACCGUCAUCAUCGACAUGCGUGGUUCUAAGUGGGAACUGAUCAAGCCUCUGCUGAAGACACUGCAGGAGUUUUUCCCGGCUGAGAUCUGCGUGGCGCUCAUCAUCAAACCGGACAACUUCUGGCAGAAACAGAAGACCAACUUCGGCAGCGCAAAGUUCUCCUUUGAGACCAGCAUGGUGUCCGUUGAAGGUCUGGCCAAACUGGUGGAUCCCUCCCAGCUGACGGACGACUUUGAAGGCUCUCUGGACUACAACCAUGAGGAGUGGAUGGAGCUUAGGGUCUCUCUGGAGGAGUUCAUGUCCAACGCUGUUCACCUGUUGUCCAGACUGGAGGACCUGCAGGAGACUCUGUCCAAGAAGGAGUUUCCUGCAGAUGUGGAGGGAUCUCGUCGGUUGAUAGAGGAGCACACACAGCUGAAGAAAAAGGUGCUGAAGGCUCCAGUGGAAGAGUUGGACCGGGAAGGCCAGAGGUUGCUGCAGUGUAUCCGAUCUAGUGAUGGUUUUUCAGGGAGGAACUGCAUCUCAGGCUCUGCUGACUUCCAGAGCCUGGUGCCCAAGGUUGCCAGUCUGUUGGAUAAGCUCCACUCCACAAGACAGCAUCUUCAUCAGAUGUGGCACGUCAGGAAGCUGAAGCUGGACCAGUGCUUCCAGCUCCGCCUCUUCGAACAGGAUGCCGAGAAGAUGUUUGACUGGAUCAUCCACAACAAGGAAGUGUUCCUGCAGAGUCACACGGAGAUUGGCCGAAGUUACCAACAUGCUGUGGAGCUGCAGACUCAACACAAUCACUUCGCCAUGAACUCCAUGAAUGCCUAUGUAAAUAUCAACAGAAUCAUGUCAGUGGCAAGCCGCCUGGCAGAAGCCGGUCACUACGCCUCCACGCAGAUAAAACAGAUCUCAGGUCAGCUGGAUCAGGACUGGAAAAGUUUUGCUGCUGCACUUGACGAGCGCUCCACCAUCCUCGCCAUGUCGUCCGUCUUUCACCAGAAGGCUGAACAGUUCCUGUCCGAGGUGGAGGCCUGGUGUAAAGUCUGCAGUGAGGGAGGGUUACCGUCUGAGAUGCAGGAGCUGGAGCUCGCCAUCCACCGCCACCAGAGCCUAUACGAGCAGGUCACCCAGGCUUAUACUGAGGUGAGUCAGGAUGGUAAAGCGCUAUUGGACGUCCUCCAGAGGCCUCUGAGUCCCGGCAACUCCGAUUCGCUGACAGCCACUGCCAAUUACUCCAAAGCGGUUCACUGCAUCCUGGACGUGGUUCAUGAGGUCCUCCACCAUCAGCGACGUCUCGAAAAUAUUUGGCAGCAUCGAAAGGUCCGACUGCACCAGAGACUGCAGCUGUGUGUGUUCCAGCAAGAUGUCCAGCAGGUGAUGGACUGGAUAGAAAACCAUGGCGAGGCUUUCCUCAGCAAACACACUGGCGUUGGAAAAUCCCUUCACAGAGCCCGAGCCCUGCAGAAAAGACACGACGACUUUGAAGACGUAGCUCAGAACACAUACACUAAUGCAGACAAGUUGCUGGAGGCAGCUGAACAGCUGGCUCAGACCGGAGAGUGUGACCCCGAGGAAAUCUACAAGGCAGCCAGACACCUGGAGGUCCGAAUCCAAGACUUUGUCCGCCGAGUGGAACACAGGAAACUGCUGCUCGACAUGUCUGUCUCCUUCCACACACACACCAAGGAGCUGUGGUCGUGGAUGGAGGAGCUGCAGAAGCAGCUGUUGGAUGAGGUGUGCUGCGAUUCUGUGGAUUCGGUUCAGACUCUGAUCCAGCAGUUUCAACAGCAGCAGACAGCCACACUGGAGGCAACGCUCAAUGUGAUUAAAGAGGGAGAGGAAUUAAUACAGCAGCUCAGAGAUGCAGCCAUGUCAACCAAUAAGACGCCACACUGCAGUUCCAUCGCACACAUCCAGGGGGUGCUGCAGCAGCUGGACGAAGCCCAGGGCCAGAUGGAGGAACUGUUCCAUGAACGCAAAAUCAAGCUGGACAUCUUUCUCCAGCUACGCAUAUUUGAGCAGUACACUAUAGAGGUCACAGCGGAGUUGGACGCCUGGAACGAGGAUUUAUCCCGCCAGCUGAACGACACCGGCCGCUCAGGUGGUAGCAGCAGCAGCAGCAGUGGGGGAGGCGGCACCUCCUCCUCCGGCAGCGCAGAGGACAUUGGCCUGGCAGAGCAGCGGCUGAAGAGGCACGCCGAGAGGAAGGCAGCCAUGAACAACAUGACCUACGAAGUGAUGCAGCAGGGUCAAGACCUGCACCAGUACAUCAUGGAGGUCCAGGCUUCAGGGAUCGAGCUGACAGGAGAGAAGGACAUGGACUUGGCCUCACAGGUUCAGGAGCUGCUGGAGUUCCUUCACGAGAAGCAGCAGGAGGUGGAGCUCAACGCACAGCACACGCACACACGGCUGGAGCAGACCCUGCAGCUACGCCACCUGCAGGCCGAGGUUAAACAGGUGUUGGGCUGGAUUCGUAAUGGCGAGUCCAUGUUGAAUGCCAGCAUGGUGAAUGCCAGCUCUCUGUCUGAGGCCGAGCAGCUGCAGAGGGAACAUGAACAGUUCCAGAUGGCUAUAGAGUCUCUCUUCCAUGCUAACUCUCUCCAGAAGACUCAUCAGAGUGCUCUGCAGGUCCAGCAAAAGGCUGAGAUGGUGCUACAGGCAGGUCACUAUGAUCCAGAGGCAAUCCGAAGCUGUGCUGAGAAAGUGGCUGUUCACUGGCAGCAGCUGAUGCUGAAGAUGGAGGACCGCCUAAAGCUCGUCAAUGCCUCUGUGGCCUUCUACAAGACGUCUGAACAGGUGUGCAGCGUGUUAGAGAGCCUGGAGCAAGAGUAUCGGCGGGAUGAAGACUGGUGUGGCAGCCAUGAUAAACUGGGAAUGUCGGGCGACAGCGACCACCUUCUACCUCUGAUCAGUAAACACCUGGAGCAGAAAGAAGCCUUCCUCAAGGCAUGCACCCUGGCCCGGAGGAACGCUGAGGUGUUUCUGAAGUACAUCCACAGGAACAAUGUGAGCAUGCCUGGAGCCACCAGUCAUGCCAGAGGGCCCGAACAACAGGUCAAAGCCAUUCUGAAUGAGCUGCUGCAGAGAGAAAACAGAGUCCUUCACUUCUGGACACUAAAGAAACGAAGGCUGGACCAGUGUCAGCAGUACCUGGUGUUUGAACGCAGUGCCAAACAGGCACUGGAUUGGAUUCAAGAGACAGGUGAAGUUUACCUGGCCACACACACGUCACCUGGUGACAGCAGCGAGGAAACACAGCAGCUGCUCAACGACUACCAUCACUUCAGACUUACUGCCAAGGACAAUAAAGACUUGGAGUUGGACAUUAUCCCCGCCAGCCUGACAGACGACCCCGAGGUCAAACUGCGUGACCCCAACCACGAGGUCAACGAGGAAAAGAGGAAGUCCGCCAGGAAGAAAGAGUUCAUCAUGGCAGAGCUUCUACAGACAGAGAAGACCUACGUCAGAGAUCUACAUGAGUGUCUGGAGACCUACCUGUGGGAGAUGACCAGUGGCGUGGAGGAGAUUCCUCCAGGCAUUGCCAACAAGGAGCACAUCAUCUUCGGCAACAUGCAGGACAUCUACGACUUCCACAACAAUAUUUUCCUGAAAGAGCUGGUGAACUAUGAGCAACUACCAGAGGAUGUCGGUCACUGCUUCGUCACCUGGGCUGAUAAGUUCCACAUUUAUGUAGAUUACUGUAAGAACAAACCUGACUCCAGCCAGCUCAUACUGGAGCAUGCCGGCACCUUCUUCGAUGACAUUCAGCAGAGACGUGGACUGGCUAACUCCAUCUCCUCCUACCUCAUCAAACCAGUCCAGAGGAUCACCAAGUACCAACUAUUGCUUAAGGAGUUACUGUCUUGUUGUGAGGAGGGUAAAGGGGAGAUUAAAGAUGGUUUGGAGGUGAUGCUCAGUGUUCCCAAGAGAGCCAAUGAUGCCAUGCAUCUCGCCAUGUUGGAAGGCUUUGAGGAAAACCUAGAGGUGCAGGGCGAGCUGAUCCUGCAGGACAGUUUUCAGGUCUGGGAUCCACGCUCGCUGAUCAGGAAGGGGCGGGACCGACACCUCUUUCUGUUUGAGUUCUCCCUGGUCUUCAGCAAGGAGAUCAAAGACUCGGCUGGCAGGACCAAGUACCAAUACAAGAACAAACUACUGACGUCAGAGUUGGGUGUGACCGAGCACAUUGAGGGCGAUCCGUGUAAAUUUGCCCUGUGGGCGGGAAGAACCCCCUCCUCUGACAAUAAAACUGUGCUAAAGGCGUCCAGUAUGGAAGCUAAACAGGAGUGGAUUAAAAACAUCAGGGAGGUGAUCCAGGAGAGGAUGACUCACCUCAAGGGGGCACUCAAAGAGCCUCUUCACAUGCCUAAAGCACCAGCACUGACCAAACCCAGGAAUAACACCAAGAGGGAGGGAGGUGAAGAUGGAGACAGUCAGGGAGACGGCAGCAGCCAACCAGAUACCAUCUCCAUCGCCUCCAGAACGUCCCAGAACACUGUAGACAGCGACAAGCUCUCUGGUGGUUGUGAGUUGACAGUCGUCCUUCAGGACUUUACAGCAGGAUGCAGCACGGAGAUGUCUGUCAGCACCGGUCAGACGGUGGAGCUGUUGGAGCGGCCCAGUGAGCGGCCCGGUUGGUGUCUGGUCCGAACCACCGACCGCAGCCCACCCCAGGAGGGACUGGUUCCCAGCUCCACACUCUGCGUGUCCCACUCGCGUUCCAGCGUGGAGAUGGACUGCUUCUUCAGCUCGGGGAAAGAAAACUAUCCCGUUAGCGGUUCUGAUGGAAAGACGGAGUCAGUGGCGAACCUCCAGCCACAGCCGUCCCUCAGCUCGCUGCAGUCCAGCUCUCCUGGUCCCAAACGCUCUGGAAACACUCUGAGAAAAUGGCUGACCAGUCCAGUCCGCCGCCUCAGCCACGGCAGCUCGGUCAAGAAACUCCCCAAUAACAAACAGAAGAAGACUGGACCGGGAACAGGAAGAGAGGAAAGCAGGAAGAGUAUUGACCUGGGACACACUGACCUUGCCCUGCAUGAUGACAUCAUCGAUGAGAGAGUCCUCAGUAAGGACGGCAACCUCCUCUCCAAGACGUCCUCUGGGAUGCAGAGCGGCGGGGAGGAGGAGCAGGACGAGGAGGCUCACACCCCUCUGCCUCCCCCCAUGGAGAUCAUCAAGGACCCCUCAGCUCAGGACGACAAGUCUUCGUCCUUGCUAACGUCUCUGCAGUCGUCCUCUGAGGUGCCCAGCGCCGCAGAGCUGGUUAGCGCCAUAGAAAAACUGGUUAAAACAAAGAUGACUCUGGAGCCAGGAGCGUACCCAGGCUUCUCCUCUCUCUCUCCACCGGAGCAGACCACUCCGGUCCAGCCACGAAACCCUGAACUGGAGCAGAGAGCCAAAGCUAUGAGAGGACGAAUGUUUGUUCUGAACGAGCUGAUUCAGACAGAGAAGGACUACGUCAAAGACCUGGGCAUCGUGGUGGAGGGUUUCAUGAAGAGGAUCGAGGAAAAGGGCGUUCCCGAUGACAUGAAAGGAAAAGACAAAAUCGUCUUCGGCAACAUCCACCAGAUCUACGACUGGCACAGAGAAUUCUUCGUAGGAGAGCUGGAGAAAUGUCUCGAAGACCAUGAACACCUUCCCGAGCUCUUCAUCAAACAUGAGAGAAGACUCCACAUGUAUGUGGUUUAUUGUCAGAACAAGCCUAAGUCAGAGUUCAUCGUAGCAGAAUAUGACACAUAUUUUGAUGGACUCCAGCAGGACAUCCAGUCUAGGUUGACCAUCAGUGACUUCCUCAUCAAACCAAUCCAGAGAAUCACUAAAUACCAGCUGUUACUGAAGGACUUCUUGAAGUUCAGCUUAAAGGCAGGCAUUGACUGCGAACAAAUAGAGAAAGCAGUAGAUUUGAUGUCUCAGGUCCCUAAACUGUGUAACGACAUGAUGAAUUUGGGUCGGCUGCAGGGAUACGAGGGUAAACUGACCUCUCAGGGCAAACUGCUGCAGCAGGAAACCUUCUUUGUAACAGAGCAGGACGCCGGCGUCCUCUCGCGCUCCAAAGAACGGCGAGUUUUCCUCUUUGAGCAGAUCGUCAUCUUCAGCGAGCUGCUCAGGAAAGGAUCAUCCACGCCCGGGUACCAGUUCAAGAAGAGCAUCAAGGUGUCCUAUCUUGGUCUGGAGGACAGCGUGGACAACGAUCCCUGUAAGUUUGUCCUGUCGUGUCGCGGCUCGUCAGAACGUUUUACCCUGCAGGCCGCCAACGUCGACAUCAAGCAGGUCUGGGUCCGACACAUCCAGGAAGUCUUGGAUGCUCAG